AUGGAGUUAAGAUGUGCAGAACCAGCCAAAGAGGGGAGCCAGGUCUACAAAGUCCAAUCCAAUGGGGCAGUGCUGUACGACGAGCCCACGGGGCGCUUGGCGCUGGUCUUCGAGCUCAUGGACAUGAACCUCUAUGAGGCCAUCAAGGGCCGGCGGCACUACCUACCUGAGCAGAAGGUGAAACACUACAUGUACGAGAUGUUGAAGGCACUAGACCAUAUGCACCGGAAUGGCAUCUUCCACCGCGAUGUGAAGCCGGAGAACUUGCUGCUCCUGGACGAUGAGAUCAAGCUGGCAGAUCUGGGUAGCUGUCGCGGCAUCUACUCUCGUCAGCCGUUUACGGAGUACAUCUCCACCCGGUGGUACCGAGCUCCUGAAUGCCUUCUUACGGACGGGUACUACAACUUCAAGAUGGACCUUUUUGCGGCUGGCUGUGUCUGCUUCGAAAUCGUCGCCCUCUUCCCUCUCUUCCCGGGUCAGAAUGAGAUGGAUCAAAUCCAGAAAAUCCACAAUGUCUUGGGCACGCCGCCGGCGGAACUUCUGGCGCGGAAGUUCCGGCGCAACGCCUCUCACAUGGAUUUCAACUUCCCCGAGAAGAAGGGCACGGGAAUCGAGCGCCUCAUCCCACACGCGGAUGUCGACCUGGUGGAGCUGAUGAAGAAACUCAUCAGGUAUGACCCAGACGAGCGGAUCCUCGCGAGGCAGGCUCUUAAGGAGUCCUACUUCCGAGAGCUGCGGGAAGCGGAGAAGGACAUGGCCAGUGCUGUCACACAGAUGCAAAGCACCAGUGGCUCCAGAAGCACCGGCGGCCGAGAUUCUAUGGCCAAGGCGGGCAUCAGUGCUACAAGCAACGUCAGCAACGCGGAGCACGAUCCCGAGACCUACCAGCCAAGCCGGAGCAGCAGCCCGGCGCCGGAGGAAGGCCGCAGCGGCGGUCUGCCCAGCAUCCGGCACGAGCGGCGCAAGGUGGGCGCCUCUGCGGAGGAUGGAGAUGGCCAGGACGACGGCAUGGUGCUGCCGCCCAUCGGGGGUCUCAAGGGCAAGCGCGACAGCAAGAUGAAGACCACCUUCAAAGCUGCGGCCAAUGCCACCCUGCAGAAGUCGGGCGGGCACGAGAAGGUGACCUUAGGAGCCUCCAAGGG